AUGGGAAGUUAUUGCGAAGAUGUUAACAACAACUUCACAGAAUCUUUCAACAAGACCAUCGACAAAGCAAGGGAGAAACCGUUUGUGGCAAUGUUGGAGACAGUUAGAAGACUGUCUAUGGUUUGGAUUGCCAAACGUUCAGCUCUCUCUCAUUUUCAAAAAGGUUUAUGUACUCCAUGUGUGGCAAAGAUUCUUGAUAAAGAGCAUGAGAAAGCUUCGGAAUGUCAGGUGUAUCCUUCUACUAAUGGGUGCUUUAUAGUCACAAUGGAUGGAGACAAACACAGAGUGUGUUUGCAAAAUAUGACCUUUACCUGCAAAAAAUAUCAAAUCUGUGGGAUUCCAUGUGAGCAUGUGUAUGGAGUGAUUCUGAAGAGGACGUUAAGUGAUGAUGACUAUGUGUGUCAGUGGUUUCGAACUGCUAUGUGGAGGCUUAACUACACAGAUGGCAUUAGUCCACAAAGGGGUGCUCGUCACUGGCCUUCGACUUUAGGUGACAAUGUUUAUGUUCCACCUGAGCCACCACAACCUGGGAGAAACAAGCUAACUAACAUAGACAAGAAGAGGAAGCCAGGUGCUUCUCAAGGUGGUAGAGGAGAAGUUGUUCAAGGUGGUGGACUUUCUCAAUCUGGUGUUGGACUUUCUCAAUCUGGUGGAGGAGAAGUUGUUCAGGGUGGUGGAGGACUAUCCCAAGGUGGUGGAAGUUGA